GGUCGGGCUCUCGAGGUCGGAGCACCGCUGGGUUGACAGUGGAGGACGGUUGGGAACCGACCGUGCCGGGAGGGUUGCGGGAGCCCGGAAGAGCCGCGGCUCAGUGGCUUAGGUGCGGCGGUGAGGGUGGCAGCAGAGGCCCUUUGGAGGGAGCGACCCUGCACCGACGCGAGGGGGCAGCAUAGGAGACGCUCCCCGGAGCGGAGGGCGCGGGAGGGACAGGCCGGAAGGCCGUCGGGGUUUGAUCUCUGGGAGGGACAAGAGUUCUCACAGACCAGGCGGGGACCGGGUCCCGAGGGCGCCUUGGGAGGCGCAGUGGCUUCUCCAGUUGUCUCCGUUUUCCACGGUGCUGCUACACUCUGCCCUCUGUGUUCGGGACACUUUCUCCUGAUGGAGUUCCCUGACUUGGGGAAGCAUUGUGCAGAAAAGACCUGCAAGCAGCUAGAUUUUCUUCCAUUGAAAUGUGAUGUAUGUGAGCAAGAUUUCUGUAAAGAUCAUUUUACCUACGCUGCACAUAAAUGUCCCUUUGCAUACAAGAAGGAUGUUCAGGUCCCAGUGUGCCCGCUUUGUAACCGCCCAAUCCCCAUAAAGAAGGGAGAGAUACCGGAUGUGGUGGUUGGUGAGCACAUGGAUCGAGAUUGUGGAUGCCGUCCUGGGAAGAAGGAGAAGGUGAGGACCGGUUCCCUGUCGCUCUACAUCCUCUGGAUCAUAGCUGCACACGCGGGAGCAGAGCCGUCAGCAUCGGGGGGUGAGAAGUCCCAGCCCGGUGCUGGCCUGACGCCUCCCCUGACGAGGGUAGAGCCAGCUUCCCGCCCACGGAGGGCGACGAACAGCCUGGAGCCUUGUUCUCUGUCAAGUGGUGGAUGCAGGAGUUUGCAUGAAUAUGAUCUUCAUUAAAGUUGGAUUCUAAAUUAAA